GAUACGUUCCUCACAAAGAAAUCCCUAACCUGGAUGUCUGAUUGAGCCGCCAUUUGAAAGAAGCCCAAGGAGCGGGAGGAAACUUUGUACUUUUUUUUUUAAUUUAAAUUGAAAUAUAUUUUUAUUUUUUAGCAGCCAGACAGAAAGCUAUAUCUCUUUUUGAAUCUACCUCGCGCAGUUGAAAUGGAUGGAGACACCGGAGAGAAAGUCACAGAAACUACUAAAAUUUCCAAGGAUGAAUCAGAGAGAUCUACGACAGACUUCAAGUCCAGGGGCCGUGGGGCCAGAGGACGCUUUCGAGGGGGACGCAUGAACCGAGGCAUCAUGCGUGGUGGGCGGGGCGUGAUGAAGGCGUUCGGUCCACCGGGAUACAUGAGGGGUCGAGGGAAAGACGGAGCCAUGAAUGGAUUCGGGCCCAUGAGAGGAAUGGGGAGGAUGCGGCCUUACCCAGACCUCAGAGGCCACAGGGGUCGGGGGGGACCGAUGGGCAUGGGCCCUCCGCCGCCUCCCCCGCCUCCUCCCAUGCAUCUCAGAGGUCCGUUCCCCCCGAUGCCCAGGCACAGGCCCCCUCCCCCUCCCCCUCCAGGCCACCCUGCUUUCAGAGGGCGUCCGCCGCACCCCCAGGUCCGCGGCAUGCCGCCGCCCGGGCCUCCGCGCCACUUCCACCCCAGAGGGCCGAGAGGCUACCACAAUGGACCGGUCUCUCCUCCGCCUCACCCCCCACCUGGCAGGGGCCAGAGGUGGCCAGGCCCCCCUGGCGGCCGACGUUUUUAACACAGCCUGCCCUAAAAUCUAAAAGCAAGCGCUUCUUAACGUAGAAAGGGGGGCCGAGAGCGGCCCCCGCCCGCCCACUCCCGACUCUGUGCGACACAAAGUCUCCCUGAGAAUCUCUUGAGUAUCUAUGAAAUUCUCUGUGGCCAAAUGUUUUGGUGAUUGCUAUUGUUCCAGAAAUCAAGUCACUAAUGACAACCGAGGACACGUAAAACGAUGUUAAGGCAUUCUCACACUCUGUUACUGACAAACACUGUGCAGACCAUUUGACGUUGUUGGAAAGAAGUUGUUUAAAAAAAAAAAAGAAAUGCUGUGCUGGAAGGGAGGAAAAUUCAUGUUAAAGUUGAUCAAAUGUUUUGUGGUUCUCGUCUCGGUCACCCUGUGAAGCCUUAAGAAAUAUCCCCGAUUCCUAAUAAAGGUUUUAAAAA